ACGGCUGACUGGCCACACUCGCACUGGCUUCACCGUGAAGUUGAGUCGUCCACGAAGCUACCUCUCCUCUCCGUGAACUCGUCCACAUAGAGAGAGAGAAAAAAAAAUCACAUCUUUGAUAACAACGCCAUUUUUUUUUCUCAAGAACUCACAUCGGAUAUGACUCCAACGGUCGACACAACCUGCGGCGACUUCACCUCCGAUUCAGAGUGUUUGCUUGACGACGGAAUAACGCUUUAAAAGACAUUUUCACACACGGGAAAAGAGACUUGCUGAAUAAAACUUUCUACCAUUUCUCACGGAGGGGUAAAGAAGCCACUUAUGGCUGCAUUUUUUGUUUAAAAAAACCCGACUUGACCGCCGCUGUGGACCGCUGGAUGGGACGCAUAUAAAAAUGGUUGGCCACCUCAAGUUCCAGGUCAGGAGGUUAACAAUGUCAAGGGUCACUCGUUUUGGAAAAUGAUUACUGGCACCAUCGACGGUAAAAUAAUGGUCAGAAGAUGUCUAGUAACGUUCAAGCCGUUCAGGAUAUUCGUGGUGGGAAUAGGCUUCUUCAGCCUGUGCUUUCUAAUGACCUCUCUGGGGGGGCAGUUCUCAGCCAAGAGACUGGGGGACUCCCCCUUCACCAUCCGCACAGAAGUGCUGGGAGGCGUGGAGUCACGUGGUGUGCUGAGGAAGAUCAGUGACAUGCUGGAGGUAAUUCUGAAGAGGAUGGACAGCCUGUCCAAACUUGACAACACCUCCACCACCGAUGCACGGCGCCUCGAUGAGCUCAGCUCUGCUAUCAACAGGUUUCAACCAGCCGGCCUGGUGGAGAGGAUCCAAGCUAUUGCCCAAAACGUCUCCAACAUGGCCAUCAGGGUGGAGCAAAUACUGCAAAACAGCAUGGUGCAAGGAAGAGCAGUGAGAGACGGGACGUCAAGCCAGUGUGAAGUACCAAGAGACCCACGCUUUCCAGAGUGUCCUGGGAAAGUAGAUUGGAUGCGUGCGCGUUGGACGUCGGACCCGUGUUAUGCUUUCUACGGUGUCGACGGUUCAGAUUGCUCCUUCCUCAUCUACCUGAGCGAGGUGGAGUGGUUCUGUCCACCACUGGCCUGGAGGAACCACAGCAGCCCCCCCACACAACACGCACAGCAGGCAAAGGCCCCCAAGAGACAGGCUGCUUUCCGCACAGACCUCUCUGUACUUCUGGACCAGGUUGGGACGGGAAAGGAGUCCCUCAGCUUCAUGAAGCGCCGAAUCCGCCGCCUUGCACAGCAGUGGGCAACGGCCGCCAACCGCCUGGAUGCCAAGCUGCAGCAACGAUGGAGGGACCAGAAGAAGAUCCUCAUCCAUGUAGGCUUCCUAACAGAGGAGUCUGGAGAUGUUUUCAGUCCCAAGGUGCUGAAGGGGGGUCCUUUGGGAGAGAUGGUCCAGUGGGCUGACAUCCUCACAGCUCUCCAUGUUCUUGGACAUAACCUGAAGAUCUCCAUGUCUGUGAAGGAGCUGCAGGGGUUUCUCGGCGUGCCUCCAGGCAGAGGCAGUUGCCCACUCACUGGCCCGCUGCCCUUUGACCUCAUCUACACGGACUACCAUGGCCUGCAGCAGAUGAAGCAACACAUGGGGCUCUCACUGAAGAAACACAAAUGUCAUGUCCGAGUGAUUGACACGUUUGGGACAGAGCCAGCUUACAAUCAUGAGGAGUAUGCAACCCUGCAUGGAUACCGGACCAACUGGGGCUACUGGAACCUCAACGCCAGGCAGUAUAUGACCAUGUUCCCUCACACACCAGACAACUCAUUCAUGGGCUUUGUUUCGGAAGAGCUGAAUGAGACAGAGAAGAGGAGCAUUCAGCAGAACAAAGUCAACAACAUGGCUGUUGUGUACGGGAAAGAGGCCAGCAUGUGGAAGCUUCAGCAGGGUAAGGAAGGUUUCCUGCAGAUUCUCCACAGGUACAUGGAGGUCCACGGCACAGUGUACUAUGAGACUCAGAGACCUCCGGAGGUCCCAGCCUUCGUGAAGAACCAUGGCCUGCUGCCCCAGCAUGAACUGCAGCAACUGCUGCGCAAGGCCAAACUCUUCAUUGGCUUUGGUUUCCCCUACGAAGGCCCCGCCCCUCUUGAAGCAAUAGCCAAUGGCUGCAUUUUUCUCCAACCCAAGUUCCACCCUCCUCACAGUUCACUCAAUCACGAGUUUUUCAGAGGCAAGCCCACUUCUAGAGAGGUGUCCUCCCAGCACCCGUACGCAGAGCAGUACAUUGGCAAACCUCACGUCAUGACUGUGGACUACAACAACUCCCUGGAGUUUGACUCUGCCAUCAGGGAAAUCAUGAGGACCAAGGUUAAGCCAUAUCUGCCUUAUGAGUACACCUGUGAGGGGAUGCUGGAGAGAGUACAUGCCUACAUACAGCAUCAGGACUUCUGUGCCCCAGAUCCUGCCUUCAUUCCAGCCAACCUCUCCAAACAGGGGUCUGCUGGGGGCACCAGGAUUACUGGACCUCUGUUUGUGCCUCUGCCCAAUUCCACAGCUCUUGGCUGGGCCUCCAAUGUGACGGCUCCCCCUGCCUGGCCUCCUCUCAGCUCCCUCAGGCUGCUCGUAUCUCAAGAGGGCCAGUCCUGUGUGGAGGCAUGUCAGUCAGCAGGCUUCAUCUGUGAGCCAGCUCACUUCCGCUUCAUCAACAACAAGGAAGCCCUGCGCGGGUUGGAGGUGCAGUGCGAGGUGGUAGACUCAGAGAUCAACCACAUCCUCCCAGCGUUCUCAGUGGUGCGACAGGAGUGCGGCCUCCAGCGGGAACCCCUCCUCUUCAGCUGUGCAGGUCACUCCCCCAAAUACAGACGUCUUUGCCCCUGCAGAGACUUCCGCCGCGGCCAGGUGGCGCUGUGCAGAAACUGUUUAUAAUGGCAGGGAAUGUAAAGGACAGACAGAAAAGAAUUAGACACAGAUAGGUGGGGUAAAGGGACACUGGAAGGCAGCCACAGCCAGAGCAGGUGUGACAAAUUACCUAAUGGUGCAGAGAGGCAGCUUCCCCCUAAAAUCAGUAAACGUGGGAUGAUGAGGAACAGGCAUGCAGUGAUUUGAAGAGCUUGAAGUAGGCUUGGAUAGCUGCCAAGCUGAUUGUGGUUGACUGUAGUUGUAAAAGCAGCCGUUAUACUGUAACAGGCUGGAGGCAUAUAGCAGCAAGACUUGCUAGAACAGGGUAGCAAUGACACCAGGUGUCGUUACAACAAGGAAGUAUACUCUACUUAAGGGUAAAGGCUGGGUUACAACUCACCAAGCCAACCAACGUUCACAUUAACCCUCCGACAACAGGAUAACAGUUUCUACAAGAUGUGAUACAUUUCAUUUUUGGAACUGCAUCUUGCAAAAAAUAAUGGCUUGGAAGUUGAAAAAUGUACACUUGUGACUGCAAAGAAACUCUGUAUUGGGACUAUAGUGUCAUUCUAUGACAGAGUCCUCAAAUAUUGUGGCUUGGCGAAGGCAACCUCGGGUCAAUAUCCAAUCUCCACUCUGCACUUGGACAAAGGAUGAUGGACAGCCGGGUUAUCUCCCUCGGUUUUUCCUCCCUCCUCCAAUGACGGACAGAGUCAUUUAUCAGACUGAACCCCAAGUCUGAGGCAACAUCGGUAAAUGCAAUCAUCUCUGGUCGCAAAAAGAAAGGAGGACAGAGGACAAAGAUAAAGGGUACAAGAUUAUUUUUCAAUAAAUAAGCCUUCAGAGCUCUCAGCUGGAUUUUUAAAGAGUCCUCUGGGCUUUUGUUGGGGAAAAAAAUGAUAAAAUAAAAAAAUCAGAACAGAUCAAAGUGUCGAGGUGGGUUUUAUAUUGCAUCUGGUCUUCACUCAGUUCUUGGCUAUCUUUUUAAGUUGGAAGAUUUCUUCUCUUGCACUUCCCUGCAUCCGCAUUCAUCCAGAUUUCCAUCAAUCCAUCCGACUGUAGGGAGGGACGUUUGAUCCCCUUCACAGGGAGACGACGGCCAGCACAGGCUGAAAGAUGUCAAUUAUAAGUCAAGGAGAAAGUUUUAAUCAGUUGUUACACAUAUCUACUUUUGCUCAUAACAACAAUGUGCUUUUACUUUUUAAAGUUAUUAGAUAUUGAAAAUAAUAUUGUAUAAUAUUGUUUUCGGCUUGUCUGUCCAUACGUCCUUACUUACAGUACAUCGGCCACAUUCUCGUGGACACAAUAUCUCAGUAACAGCUUGAUGGAAUUUCUUCAAAUCACUCAAGGAUGAACUAAUUAGACUUUGGUGGUCAAAGGUCAAGGUCACACUGACCUCACAAGGCAUGAUUUUGGCCUUGUGAAAGCAAUAUUUUGGAAACUCCUCAAGGGAAUCCUUUCAGAUUUGGCACAAACAUUCACUUUGACUCAAGGACAAACUGAUUCGAUUUUGGUUGUCAAAGGUCAGGGUCACGGUGACUUUACAAAACAUGGUUUUGCCCCUGUGAACGCCAUUUUUCGAGAACACAAAAAGUGUUGAUACAACUGAAAGGGUGUAGUUCUAGUUUCCUUCAUGAGCACAGCAGGUGCUAUCCUCCAUGACAAAUACAUUGCUUUUCCUGUUACUGCUUCACAAUAAAAGGCACUUUGCCUUUUGCCCAUUUAAUUAUUUUAAUGCGAAGUGGCAGCAGUAGAAAAUGUUGCUGAUAUCAGCUGAUAUGCUGAUGCUGGGUGCACGCUGAUGCAUGCAACACUGAGUUACACGCAUUAAUCUUUUCCUAUGAAUCCCUGGUGUGUAGGUAGACCAUUUGAACUCACCAUGGCAAUGGCGGACUCCGCCAGCAGAGAGAUAAUUACUAAAUGUAAAAACAACGAGUGGCUAUUGCAGAAGCAUCAAAAAUGGGGUUUGAUUUCAUGAAAAUGAUGUGACUCAGGUGGUAGAGAAGGUUGACCACUGAUGCUGAUCCCCUGGUGGGUGGUACGAUCACCGACUCCUAGGGUUGCGUCAGAAAGGGCAUUUGACAUGAAAACCUAAAUCAGCCAAAUCAACUACGCAGAUUGUGUUCUGCUGUGAUGACAGCCAACAGAAGCAGCCGAAAGAUGACGACGACAACAACAACCACCACCACCACUGUGGUCCUUUCACACCACAUUUCGACAUUGGCCUCCAAACUAAAGUUUCUCUGAGACAUUGAGGCGUCCUAGUUUGUCUAGGUCAGUCCCGAGAUGCAGCUCCAUGUCCAGGUGUCCCAAAUCUCUGACAUCUCUGUCCUCUUUUUCAUGACAUGUUCCAAAUGCCUCCAGCUACGUCGUAUUCUUCCCUGUGACAGUGAGAUUUUACUCAUAAAAACAGGUGUUUUAUGGUUAUUUUUGUUAUUUAUCCGCAUUGUCAUGUUUCAUCACAUUUCAGUGCAUGAGGCCUGUGCAAAAUGCUUGAAUUAUGUAACAUCAAAUUACCAGCAAGAGGAGUCAGUUUAACUUGAAAAGUAGUGUCAGUUUGGUAUCUGGUGUAAAAGUUUGUUUUUGACAAAUUUAUUCCAGUAAAAACAGCAUCUCAUGUUUUGUUAUUCCUUCAUGGUGACGGCAGCCAGAGCCGGAGGCAUUAUCUUUUUGGGUUGACCGUCUGUACGCCCAAUUCUUGUAAACCGCGAGGCGCUAUUUAUUUUGUUUUUUUUAAUCAAGCCAGGCCAGAUUAACCACAACAAUAUUGAAGGUUGUCCCCAUAAUCAAUACAAAGCUUCUUGAUUAACUAAGAAAUUAUUAAACAAUAAAUGAUGA